CGCCCUAAAACGUCGGGCCUACGAAUUUAUCGUAAUAACUGAAAAGGAAAAAGAAAAAGAAAAAAAAAUCGGAGUCCCUCUAGACGAUUCGAGAGGCUAGCGAGAGAAAAAUCUGACUCGGAGGAAUAUCGGAGAUGGCGGUGGAGGGCAGCGCGCCGACUCGCAUAAUGAUUGCGGUGAAUGAGUCAACGAUUAAAGGUUAUCCACACGCAUCGAUAAGCAGUAGGGGAGCAUUCGACUGGACUUUGAAGAAAAUCGUUCGUUCUAAUACCUCUGCUUUCAAAAUUUUGCUUCUUCAUGUUCAAGUGCCUGAUGAAGACGGUUUUGAUGAUAUGGAUAGCAUAUUUGCCUCUCCUGAAGAUUUCAGGAGGAUGAAGCACAGAGACAAGAUAAGAGGGCUUCAUCUAUUGGAGUACUUUGUGCAUCAGUGUCAUGAAAUUGGGGUUGCUUGUGAAGCAUGGGUCAAAAAAGGGGACCCAAAAGAAGUGAUCUGCUAUGAAGUGCAACGUGUCCAGCCAGAUUUUCUUGUUGUUGGAAGCAGGGGACUCGGACCUUUCCAGAAGGUUUUUGUGGGGACUGUGAGUGAAUUUUGUGUGAAGCACGCUGAUUGCCCUGUCAUUGCCAUCAAACGCAGUUCGGCGCAGACCCCUCAGGACCCUGUUGAUGACUGAUUGGUUGUUGCAGCUCAUUUAUAGUCAACUAGAAGUACUUUGUUUACUGUGCUGUAAAUGGAUCAAAUUCGCUCUCCUCAAUUUCACUUGAUUGUUUGUCAAAAGUCAUUGGGAGCUUGUAUAAUGUGAAUCCCUUUCAAACCUACUUUGUCUUCGUGUAUUGCAUCUGGGGUUGCCUUUGCAUUGUAAGUAAUUGCGAAUUAUGAAACCUGUUUUUGCAGUAUGCCUGAGAUUUUUGUCUAUACUGAUGAUCAUUGUUAUGAUUCUGUUUUAUUACAGUAUCAUCCCUGUCAAAUAUGGUUGGUGUGGAAAUUGAAGUAUCUUUAAUGUGUUGAUGCUUCGUAUGGGAACAUUAGAAAUUGUCACGCCCAUCUAGCUGCUGCAUAAU